UCUAUAUUAUUUUUGAAAUAAGAUAAUAAAGAUUCACAAGGCUUCGGACCACAAGUAAUAAGAGAUUAAGGGAUAGUAGAUAAUCUAUGUAAGUAUGGAACAUGGAGCUGUAUUCAGCACAACUUCUGAACAUGAUCCAGAUGCACCAUCAAGUCCCAUUAGUAAAUUAAUUCUUGUUUCCUCCAUUGCUGCCGGAGUGCAAUUUGGUUGGGCUUUACAACUUUCCCUUUUAACACCAUAUGUACAGGUUUUAGGUGUCCCCCAUCAAUGGUCUAGCUUCAUCUGGCUUUGCGGCCCCCUAUCUGGCUUGAUUAUCCAACCUAUAGUCGGUUACUACAGCGAUCAUUGCACCUCCAAGUACGGUCGCCGCCGUCCAUACAUAGUCUCAGGUGCUGUCCUCGUCGCCUUUGCCGUCAUUCUCAUUGGCUUUGCGGCUGACAUGGGCAACAUAUUAGGUGACUCUCUAAUAGAAAGAACCAAACCUAGAGCAGUUGUUAUAUUCGUGAUAGGGUUUUGGAUAUUAGAUGUUGCAAACAAUACAUUACAAGGUCCAUGUCGAGCUUUUUUAGCGGAUCUCUCAGGGAAUAACCAUUCCAAAAUGAGCGCUGCAAAUGCAUUCUUUUCAUUUUUCAUGGCUGUUGGGAAUGUCUUGGGUUAUGCAGCCGGAUCAUAUCCUCGACUAUAUCACAUUUUUCCAUUCACGAAAACUAAAGCCUGCGAACCUUAUUGUGCCAACCUUAAGACUUGUUUCAUUUUCUCCAUUCUCUUAUUAACAAUCCUAACCACAUUGGUUUGCUCCUUAGUGAAAGAGACACCACUCUCGUCAAUAGAGGCAAACAAGAAUGGAAAGGAAUUAGGAGAGGAAUCAAAAUUAUUUUUCAGUCAGCUUGGGUCAGCAUUGAAAAACAUAUCAAAACCAAUGUUUCUUCUACUCGCAGUAACAAGCUUGAACUGGAUUGGCUGGUUUCCAUUCACCUUGUAUGAUACUGAUUGGAUGGGGAGAGAAAUAUAUGGAGGAAAAGCUGAUGGAACAGCCAUCGAAGCAAAGUUGUAUGAUAAAGGCGUGAGUAUAGGAUCAUUAGGACUAAUGUUGUAUGCAGUGACUCUAGGAUUCAUGUCACUGGUCAUCGAGCCUAUGGCGCGUUGCCUUGGUGAUGUAAAACGAGUAUGGGGUCUUGGAAACUUUCUACUAGCAACUUGCCUGUUGUUAACACUGGUAGUCACUAAGAUGGCUAAGAAUGCUAGGGGUAGCAUCCCUAAGCCCCCUCCUUCUGAUGUCAAAAACUUGGCAUUAGCUAUUUUUGCAGUGUUGGGUAUCCCACAAGCAGUUACUUUUAGCAUCCCAUUUGCUCUAGCUUCAAUAUUUUCCAACGCAUCUGGAGCCGGUCAAGGACUUUCUUUGGGACUUUUGAAUAUUUCGAUUUGUAUUCCACAGAUGAUCGUAGCUUUGAUUAUUGGGCCGUUGGAUGCUGCAUUCGGAGGUGGUAACUUGCCUGGCUUUGUCAUGGGUGCCAUUUCAGCUGCAAUAAGUGGGAUAUUUGCAUUUGUUUUGCUCCCAAAUUCAACUCGACAACAGGAAAACUAAACUGAGGAGCCCUUGAAGUUGCUGUAUAUACAUGCAUGCAUAGGCUAGUGUACCAUUUGGAUCUUGAGCAAGUGCAUGCGUGCGUUGCCAGCCAUAAAACUAGGGGACAUGAGAUUUUAGUGAAAUUUGAUAGAAUAAGUUUCGGAAGACAGAAACAUAUAUCACUUAAUAAAUAUAAUAAAAAGCGUAUUCAUUCAUUUACAUUCUAUAUUUAUUUCAGCGUUUCGUUUUUUGUGCUUGUAACAAAAUUAAUGUUUUUAAAAAAUAUAGAAUUUUUCUGGACAUCGUUUGGCCAAACAUGAUGUCCAUAUUUGCAAGAAACAGUACAUUGUGCUGAGGCUACAACUUCA